AUGUCGUACAAUUUUCCGCCGCAGUAUUUACAGCUGCCUCCUCAUCUGAGAGUUGAGCACACGGAUCCCGACUUUGCUCCUAUUCGCAUGAAAAAUUGGAGCUGUCUGCCUUUCUUACGUUAUGGUAUCUUUGCUGCAAACAUUGUUCAUCUUAUUGUUGGUGCUAUACUGAUGGCUCUCGGAAUUUAUCUCAGAACCGAUAGCCGCUUUCGCGAUUUUCUCAGUGAACGUUAUCGUCAAGCUGUUGGUGAAGCAUUCUGGGAAGCCCCCACUUUGUUCAUGUUCAGUUAUAUCAUGAUCAUUUUAGGAAGUUUCAUGAUUUUGACUUCCUUCUUCGGCUGCUGUGGAGUAACAGAAGGCUCUCGUCUACUCUCAAUAAUUUAUAGCAUCUCUCUACUUAUUCUAAUCACCAUCAACAUUAGUUGUAUUGCUUAUUUGAGUUAUAAGAGAGAUUCGAUUGAUGUUGAGUUAUCUGAUGCGCUGAACUAUAUGGUACAGCACUAUUACCAAGGCGCUGGCGUAGUGCAAGAAGCACUUGACCACUUGCAAUUGGCUUUCAGAUGUUGUGGCAAUGCUGGCUGCUCGGAUUUUCGAGCAUUUCGUCAAGACCCACCGCGUUCUUGUGACCUUCGAUGUGAUGGGUGUCAUUAUAGAAUAAGCAUUGCUCUCCGUAUUGGAUUCUCCGUAGCCGUUCUCAUCUUCUCCGGUGUAAUUCUCUGUGAAAUGGCAGCGCUGUGCUUCUCUCUUUACUAUGUGUUCAGAAAUCGUAGCGAUGACGCUAACUUUAUCGAAGACGAUUUUGCCAGAAGAGUGCCAAGCCCUUUGAGAGAGAAUAGAAUGGAUCGUCUGACUCGUAAAAACGUGGAGCGCUACAAGCUGCAAUCCCUAGCAUAUCGUGGAUAA